AUGCCUACACAUGAAGCAUGUUCAAUGUAUAGACGAAAUAUAAUUAAAGUGAGUUCGAACAGACCAGAACUAAUUAUUGACCGAAAGUCACCUGCUCUCAUUCGCAACCUCUUUAAAAAACUUAAGAGAGGAGAACUACAGCUUUGCGAACAGCCUGAUGUAACGUUUGUUGGAGAAGAAGGAAUUGAUGCAAAAGGUUUUUCAAAAGAGUUGGCAUACAUGAUUGUCAAAGGCCUAAGAGAAGGAAAUAAAGGCUAUAUGUUAUUUGAAGGUCAAGCCAAUCAUAUGUUGCCAAUUCACUGUGAGGAACAUGUUCAAAGUAAGCUGUUUGUAUAUGCUGGUCAGUUAAUUGCAUUUGCCUUCCUGCAUGGUCACAUUGGUUUUCCUGGAAUGUCUCGAGCUCUUGCAAAGUAUAUUGUCUCUGGAGAUCUAAAAGAUGCCGUACCUCAUAUAUGUAUUAAAGAUAUUCCAGAUAUCAAUACAAGAUUACUUGUCAAGGAGGUGAGUACAAGACUGAGAAAAUAUAUAUAAACUAGUAGUUACUAUCGCAAGAACAUUGCUGCCACAAACUUGACGCUCGCAAUAGAUACAGUACAUCAGAUCGAUAUUUGGAUGAUGCAACCAUGAAAAGUGGAAACGUAACAACCGAGCCGUUUAAUGUACGUUUAUUAUUCCGUUUAUUAUGUUUGCUAAUUGGAGUGAAAGUUCAUUUAUAAUGACGUUUGCUCGUUAAAAUGUUUAGCGCAAGGUAUAAUAACGCAAAAUAUCUAAUUAAACAUGCCUGUGCAAUAAAAGAUCUUGUUUGCAGCCACAGGAUGUAAAUCUCGACCAAGCCCAACAUUAUACCCAGGGUUUCUAGGUAAGAGGUUGAUAGAUUACACUCUGGAGUGGACUCUGGCACGUCAGUAAUAGUGUGCCACCUCUCAGCAACCUGUUGUUAAUGCUGAUUUCCAUUGUUGCGUUUUUCAUACGUACGUAUACGCACGUGAAACUUUAAAUCCGUUUAAGCGUUACUUAUGAAAUAACUAAAUAAAUAAAGCAACAGAAUUUAGUGUUCCGCAAGUUUUAGUAUGCAUUUGUUAACUUAUUUGUAAAAUAUUUAAAAAAUAGAAGGAUUCAAAGUUUUACGUACAUGUACGUGCGUACGAAAAACGCAACAGUGGAAAUCAGCCUUUAUAUUGUUAAAACUAUAACAUGCAAUAAAGCAUGCAUAAAGGUGAUAUAUUAGAUUAGGUGUGUACUCUUGUAAAUCCUAAAAAUCAAGCAGCAAUAUAAUUAAGGGGAUCUCUAUCAAUAUAAAUUAAUUGCUCUAUGCUUAUGAAUAUUAUUGAUGAUGAGGCCGUAAAAUCUUUUUUAUCAUGAUGAGAUUACCAAAUAAUAUUAUAGACUCAUUGCAUUUAAUUAAUAUGUAUAUACUAUAGAUUGAAAAUGCAGAAACAAAGGAAAAACUGGAAGAGUUAUAUUUACGCGACGAAAUGCAGAAUCUCCUUGCCCAAGCUGGCUUUGCAACAGAGUUUCUUUCUCCCACAAACAAGGACAGAGCUAUUCAAGACAUCCUUGUGCAUACGAUUUUUAAGUCUCGCCGAGAGGAAAUUGAAGGUUUACGUGAAGGGAUGGAUGCCUUGCAUUUGCUAGAUUUCCUUCGUGUUAGCGAAGUGUCUAUCCCCACUUGA